AUGUCCGUGGAAGAGCCUGUUUGGACAAAAGUGAAGAGGAGAGAAGGAAAAGUUGAAGGCUGUUGUGGGAGGCUAGGAAAGUAUGAGUUGUGUCAGCAAACAAAGGAAGGGAAAUUCCAAGGCAUUGUCAUCCAGUCACAGUGGCCACCUGGACAGACCAGUUGCUGCGUGUUGAGGAUGCAGCUUGAUCUGCAGCCUGUGCACUUGGACCCAGUUCAUGGCCCACAGAACGUGGAGAUCGUGGACAUCCGAGCGCGGCAGCUGACCUUGCAGUGGGAGCCCUUCGGCUACGCGGUGACCCGCUGCCAUAGCUACAACCUCACGGUGCAGUACCAGUACGUGUUCAACCAGCAGCAGUACGAGGCUGAGGAGCUGAUUCAGACCUCCUCCCACUACACCCUGCGGGGCCUGCGCCCCUUCAUGACCAUCCGGCUGCGGCUGCUGCUGUCCAACCCUGAGGGCCAGAUGGAGAGCGAGGAGCUGGUGGUGCAGACAGAGGAGGACGUUCCAGGAGCUGUUCCUCUAGAAUCCAUCCAAGGGGGGCCCUUCGAAGAGAAGAUCUACAUCCAGUGGAAGCCUCCCAACGAGACCAACGGGGUCAUCACUCUCUAUGAGAUCAACUACAAGGCCAUUGGCUCUCUGGACCCGAGUGCCGACCUCUCCAGCCAGAGGGGCAAAGUGUUCAAGCUUCGGAAUGAAACCCACCAUCUCUUUGUGGGCCUGUAUCCGGGGACCACCUACUCCUUCACCAUCAAAGCCAGCACUGCAAAGGGCUUUGGGCCCCCCGUCACCACCCGGAUCGCCACCAAAAUUUCAGCUCCAUCGAUGCCUGAAUAUGAUACAGAUACCCCACUGAAUGAAACAGAUACGACCAUCACGGUGAUGCUGAAGCCUGCUCAGUCUCGGGGAGCCCCCGUCAGUGUUUAUCAGCUUGUGGUGAAGGAGGAACGGCUUCAGAAGUCACGGAGGGCAGCCGACAUCAUCGAGUGCUUUUCGGUGCCAGUGAGCUACAGAAACGCCUCCAGCCUGGAUUCUUUACACUACUUUGCUGCUGAGUUGAAGCCUGCCAACCUGCCUGUCACCCAGCCAUUUACAGUGGGGGACAACAAGACAUACAAUGGCUACUGGAACCCUCCACUGUCUCCUCUGAAAAGCUACAGCAUCUACUUCCAGGCACUCAGCAAAGCAAAUGGAAUGGACUUCUUUUUCCCCAACGCCCUCCUUAAAAAGGAGCGCAUGGCACCUCACAUUGUGCUUCAGAUAUAG